AUGGAACAACGAUUUGGACAAGCUGAUAACGUGACACGACUCUCGUGGGUCGUGAUCAUUCUUGUCUUUCUCUACCGUCUCUUUCUAUGUGCGACUAUCGCCACCGCAGAGUCGCCGGACGAGUGGUGGCAGAGCACAGAGGUAGCGUACCACAUGGUCUUCGGCAAGGGGCACCUCCCAUGGGAGUGGCACUACGGGUUGCGCUCCGUGCUUUUCCCCGGCAUAAUCGCGUUUCCCUUUUUUUUGCUGAAACUAGUUGGUCUCGACACGGCCUGGACUGUGUGGUUUUCGUCGCGGCUCCUUCAGGCGUGUGUUAUUACGGCAAUUGACCUUUGCAUAUUUAAACUAGGUGACUCGAUGGACGCUGCGCUGGAGGAUGCAGAGACAGAGAAGUUGAACAGCUCCUCAAGUUCUGUCGUUAUUUUCUCGGUAAAGGGUUUACGGAGACGGCGAAAUGCUUCCAUUGCGAGAACUGCGCUUUUGCUUUCGUUGACUAACUGGUAUAUGACUUUCGUUGGUGUCCGCAUCUAUAGCAAUGUGAUUGAGGCACUUUUCGUCCUACUUGCGCUGCAGGAGCGCUCAUAUGUGCGGUUUUUGUUACUGAGUGGGGUGGCAACUGCUAUUCGUGUGACGUCCGGUGCUGUUCUCUUUCCGCUCUUAUUCCUGCAUGUGUAUUGGCAAGUGCGUGAAUGGGGAACUUUUAAGGGUCUGGCACGCAUCGUACUCUGGGGUGCAGUUAUGGUUGCAGCCGUUCUCGGAAGUGUCACAUUACUUGACAGUUUCUUUUACAAGCGGUGGAUUGUUACUUCAUUGGCUUUCUUUCGGUUCAAUGUGCUGCAGAAUGCAAGCCGUUUCUUCGGAGAGCACGCGUGGUAUUUUUACUUUUUUCCGUCUCUUCCAUGCCUUGUGGGACCCCAUUUUCUAUUUACCCUCUCCACACCGCUCGUGUUGUGGUACGACAAGGAGAGCAGGGCAGCAGCACGGCAGCUGUGUGGUAUUAUUGGUUUAACACUCUGGACGCUGGGCUGCUAUUCUCUAAUUGAUCACAAAGAGAAUCGCUUUAUUGUCACGGUGUUGCCAUUCUGUUUUAUCGUAACGGCUUUUGUGCUGUCACAAUUAUAUCACAAGAGUCACGCAGUUCGUCGUCUUCAUCGCGCCUUCAUACUGCUGAACAUCAUUGUUGCUCUCCUGGCGGGUUACGUGUACCGUAGGGGACCACUGGAUGUCAUGGCGGAAGUACGCAGUGGACCAGAGCUGGAGCGUCUCGACAUUAUCGCUACAUGCUACACGACGCCUGGUUUUAGUUACAUGCAUACAAAGGUGAAACACCUAGGUCUCAUAGAUUGUUCCAUGCACCUUGACGAGAACACCGGACUCCCUGCGCUAACCGAGGAUAUCAUGUUCCGGCGUUAUUCAAAAGACUACGUAUUGUGGAAGUACGAUGGUGUGCACACCUUCAACAAGAGCGACCAAAAAGAGAGCAGUAAAGCCGCUGAAUUGGAACGGACAGUGGAGCCCAAGUCGGCACCUCUUCCAGAGGUGAUGGUGAUGUUUCACACAUUUGCCAAGAAAAUGCGGGGCCCAUUCUUGCAUAAGCACGGGUAUCAGCUCUACCGUUCAUUUCUACAUGCACCUCUGGCUAUGGCUCCGUAUGAAGACAUCUACAUGGAUAUGUGGGUACGAAAGGUAGUAUAA